AUGGUUAUCUCAGUCUACAAGCGUCCAGUGUCCCCAGCCAUAGGCGACAAAACCACUACCAGUAAAAAUGGAAAUAUUAUUGUCAAAAGGCCAAAGCUUGAUGAGCCUAUGUAUCCACUUCCUCCGCCGUUUCACCAAAUGCCCAGCCCUGUCAUGGUUAAGCGCUGGGAGGCAGAAGUGAGGCACUGUGAGGAGGCCAAAUGGGCGCAACUGUUUGAAUUAGUGCUUGCCGCCCAUGGGGGAGAGACAUACCUUGAGUCGUAUGACCUCGAUGUCAUCCGCUGGAUCCACCGUGACAGGCCUGAAGUGCGCACCAGAUCGGUGCCUCCAUGA